CUUAUAUUACGGUCGCAAUGACCAUGGACCACAGCGGCUAUGGGCGCGGUUAUUGUUAUUAUUAUCCUGUCCUAGUUCUGUGAAUUUCUCCUCCGCUCCCACACCGUUUUCUGUUGCUUCUUUUCUAUCUUUAGAAUCUUCUGCAUCAUCCUCUUCGCCUUUGCCCUUCCAUCACCCGCACAGAGCCUCGUCCAAGCUCUUUGCUGGAAACCCCUAUCACGGCGUUCUUCUCGACCGCCUCCUCUUUUCCUCUCUUCUUUUCCGUUCUUCGUAGACCGUUCGACGGUCGGCGCAGCCCGGUCCAAGGGGCCUCGCUUCCGACGGAGGGCAUCUUCUGGCGCUCGCUCUGCAUCUUAUUUCAAUCCAUCUCUUCGUGUCUCGACGCGUCCAGACCAGGAGAGUCGACGGAGCUUUCCAUUCUUCUGAUUUCUGGAACCCCGAUCGGAUUGACGUGGAAGAAAGCUGCUUACUGUUCGGCCCAGCAGCUUACUUACCCUCGCUGUUUCGACCCCUACGCCACCCUUCCUCACGCUCCAGGAUUAAAUCAAUCAGGGAAGCAAGGGAGAACACCGAGGGAAGGAAAUCGGGAUAAGGAAAACCGGAAAACAUAACAGCAAACACUGGUUCCUUUCGCGUUCCGUGUCUACUCUCGUCUCCCUCCGGAUCGACACGCGUUCCGGUUCGUUUCCCCUCCCCGUUGUCAACUCCCCAACCGGAUUCUUUCGUCGCAACACCGCGGUAAUCAUCAAUGGGUCGGAGAAAGAUCGAAAUCAAAGCGAUCAAAGAUGAUCGCAACCGUUCCGUCACCUUUCUGAAGCGCAAGGGCGGGCUUUUCAAGAAAGCCCAUGAGCUUGCUGUGCUCUGCUCGGUGGAUGUUGCUGUCAUCAUCUUCGGUCACAACAAGAAACUCUACGAGUUUUCGUCGUGUGACAUGCGUGAGACUCUAGGCCGAUAUCAAUAUGUGUGUUGUUGCCCGCAUCCACCGUGGUGUCUUCACCCGCUAACAAAUUUUGUGCCUCCUACCCAGUUCGGCCCUCCGCACGAACAUAAGGGCCCCGAAGACUUCACCGGUAAGCGUGAAGCAGAUGAUGAGGAGGACGACGAGACAACCCCGGCCCCCGAAGACCUCCCGCCUCGAAGUCGAACGCAUUCCGUUGUCCCUCCGCACAUGCCAAACCAGCCGGGUUUCCAGCAUAUCAACCAUGCUCCGUCUGCCUCCCCUCCGAUUGCCAAUGGGGUCGCAUUCGCUCCGCGUCGCGGCACCCCUCAACCCCAGGUGAUCUCCCGGCCAACAUCGAGGAACCAUAUCCGCCGUGUCAGCGCGAAUAUCGCUCCGCAGCACCAUGCCACACCGCCGCCCCCGCAGAAUGGCUUCGCCUAUAUGCCCAAUCCUUCCAUAUACAACCCCAAUGCUGCCGCGAGUAUGAAUCAGCACGCUCCCCGACCUGGCCAGUAUCCGCACUUUGCCCAUCCCCAGGCCGGCCCACAGAUGCAACCACCGCCGCAACAGUUGCAGCAGCAUCCUCUUCCACCGCAGCCAAUGCCCCCGCGACAACCGCAUCCACAGCAACAUAUGGCGCCACAGCCCCAUGGCCUCCCCCAAAUGGGCCUUUCGCAAGCCCAUCCCCCGGUGCCCCAGAUGGCACAGGUCUAUUUGCCAGACCAAGCUCGAGCGGCGAUGCCUCCAGCCUUCGCGGAGCCGCCCCAGCCCCGUCCGGUGACGCUUCCCGAUACGUCUUCGGCUGAUCAGAUUUCCAUCCAGCCCAAGUUUGACGGGGGUCACUCGUCCAAGUCUCGCAGUAUCUUCACGCCCAUCGAUGACCGCGGCUCCGUGCUAGCGCGUCAUUUCGGCGUCGUCCCACACGUAUGCGAGUCUCCGCGCACCGAUCCUACCGUGAAAGCUGAAUCGUUGCAGAAUGAGUCGUCGGGCGAGGCCAAGCUAUCAAGCGUGUCCGUUCCUCCUGCCGCUUCGUCAGCUGCUGCAGCCGCACCCGUAUCCGCACCUGUACGCUCAAAAUCGAUUCCUGCCAGCUCCGAAUCCAAACCGCCAACGCGGACGAACUCGAGCACGGCAGCUGGUCGCCCAAAACUCACAGUGCAGAUUCCCAGUGAGAAUUCGGAUCGAGGAAGUGCAACGGGGGAAUCAUCUGCGCGUGACUCGGCCGGAAACAAGACACAGACACCUGCCAAGGGCAAUUCGGAUACCAAUCCUCCGGGGGUAGUCCUACCUCCCCCGUCUCCGUCGGCCGGGGCCAUCCUCAGCGCAGGGGCACAGGGGCCACCGAACCCGUUUGCUAGACCACCGCCCCCGGGCACGACAGCGGGAGCAGCACAGAACAGCACUGCAUACGCCAACAAUAACAAUAUCGAGACGCCCGUCUCCGCAUUACCCAGUCGUUUCGUGUCAGACGCCCUCUUGCCCUCCCCGUCGAGCUUCUUCCCCGAAUGGGGCUUUGGCCGGACCGGACCCGAUAGCAACAUGCUACCAAGCCCUCUCACGUUCCCGACACCGUCCGCGCAGACAGGACCCAGUUUCUCGCGAGAAGAUGAGAGCGACAAGAAGCGUAAGAAUGAUGAGACAGGACCGAAUUCCGAAGCGGCUUCUAAGAGGGUGAAAACGUGAGGGAAACUUCUGAUAACUUUUUUCCAAAGUGACAUUCUUUUUCUUUUCUGGUCAUUACUCUUUGUCGUCCUACGUCACCAGUAUACGUAGUAUACUAUACGUCUUUGUCAGUCUAUGUCAUGCAUGUGCUGGCGUUUCUUGGGGAUCCGGAGGUCGUUUUCUUAAACUGGGAAGGAUUGUUUAAUUUGGACAGUGGAAGGUGGUACUGGUACUGGUGCUAGGUAUUGGAUUGAUUGUUGAGAUAGUUUUGCUUUUCGUGCUCAGUCUUCUAAAAUAGGUAGUCUUGUCUUCUCUCCUGGUUUCUUUUCUUCCUUUGCUGGCUAUUGUCUUUUUUUUUUUUUUAUCUUUCUCCCAGUGUCUUCUCUUUCUCAUGGUU